AUGCCCUGCUUAAUGGCGGAGGUGGGGUCGGUGGUAGACGUGGCGGGCGCAGAGGGGGCUGGGAGCGCAACAGCAUCGGGGACACUGGCGGGCGUUGUUGCAAGCAGUGGCCGCCGUGCGGAUGGGUCAUCAUCGACGAACUAUGGGAUGCUGUUACCGGCACCGAUCGCGCGAGUGUUGCAUGAGGAGGUGUUCCGUGUUCUGGCGCUGAACCGCCGGGACCUCGACAUCGUGGCACGCGUCUCUCCGGAGCUCCUUCAGUCUGCCGUGGUGAAGUCGUUCUGGAUGUUCGAGGAAGCUGUCUUCACGGCAGCAGCCCGCUCGCACGCCCUGUCGAACAUGGGCCGGCUCCUGGAAGACAGGGGGCACCCUGAUGAGGCUUUGCUGUGUUUCCAGGAGGCGUCGACUGCGGAUUCCGGAAGCGCGGAAGCCCUCUGCUGCAGGGCACGGAACAUCCACCGGAGAGGGGAUCUCGACGGGGCGGCUUUCUAUUUCCAGGCGGCACUGGCGAGGGACGAAUCUCAUUGGUCUGCGUGGUGUGGGCUCGGGCAGGUGAAGGGUGCGCAGGCCAAGUACGCUGAAGCCGUGGAAGCAUUCUCUAAGUGGCUUCAAGGGGGAGGAGGAGGGGAAGGGGGGGCGGCCGAGAAUGGCAACACCGGCAGCGGUGCCCCUCAGGCCGAGAAAGUAGCAGGGGCGAGGUUCAUGGCGAAGGGUCUCGUGCAGCUUGGAGAGGCCCACGUGAAGCUGGGGCAGGAUAAGCAGGCGCGGAGUGCAUACGAGAGAGCAGUGUCCGCAGACGAGAACUGCUCGGAGGCACACUUUCAGCUCGGCACCCUCCUCCAGCGAUGUGGUCAAGACGCGGAAGCACUCAAGGCUUUCGCAAGUGCCGUCAAGGCGGCAGCGGUGGCAGCGGCACGCGGACCCGACUCCGGCGCAGGAGAGGGGUCGAAGGAGGCAUUUUCCUCCUUUCUGUCUUAG